CCUGGCCCGGUGACCCACGCGCCGGUGACCCUGCAGCCGACCCGCUUCAAGAAGGCUGCCUUCGAGAAGGCCAUGGACCUGGCCCCCACCGUGGCGGCCUUGAUGCGCGGCUCGCGCUCGGAUCGCGCGUGGCUCGAGUCCAUCGUUCGCCUUGCCGCUUCGGCGGAUCCCUUCACCGAGAAGUUGGUCGGCCUGUGCCUCGAUUACUGGGCUCUGCCGGAAGACCCGCAGCCGAUCAAGCUUGACAUCACUCGCGCCGACUAUCUGGAGCAUUCGCCCACCAGCGGCGACGACGAGCGCGUCAUCUUGCAGGUGGAGGUCAACACCAUCGCCGCCUCCUUCACGGCCCUUUCGGCGCUGGUGAGCGAGCUCCAUCG